AGGCACAAGUUUUUUUUUCGUUUGUUUUGCUUCUUUUUCUCUUUUUUUUCUUCUUCUUUUGAUAUUUUCUAUACAACACUGCAUUAUGUCUGCUCCUAUUUACAAGUUGCCUGAGCAAGUUAAGCUUCUUGCCCAAACCACCCAAUUAAAAGGCCUUAUGACUAUCAUUCGUGAUAAGAAUACCCCACGUGCCGACUUUAUCUUUUAUGCUGAUCGUAUCAUUCGUCUCUUGGUUGAAGAAGGUUUGAACCAUUUACCUGUGGUCGACAAGACUGUCUCCACACCCACUAACGCAGAAUACAAUGGUAUUGCCUUUGAAGGCCGUAUCUGUGGUGUUUCCAUCAUGCGUGCUGGUGAAGCUAUGGAACAAGGUUUGCGUGAAUGUUGCAGAAGCGUCAGAAUUGGUAAAAUUUUGAUUCAACGUGAUGAAGAAACUCAUGAACCUAAGCUUUAUUACUCUAAGCUUCCUAAGGAUAUCUCUUCUCGCUAUGUUCUUUUGUUAGAUCCUAUGCUUGCCACUGGUGGAUCUGCCAUGCAAGCUGUUCAAGUCUUGUUAGACAACAAUGUCAAAGAAGAACGUAUUAUCUUUUUGAACUUGAUUGCUUCUCCUGAAGGCAUAGAUGCUUUUGCUCAACGUUUCCCCAAGGUUAAAAUUGUUAUUGGUGAGAUUGAUUCUUGCCUUGAUGAUGCAAAAUACAUUAUUCCUGGUUGUGGUGACUUUGGUUGCAGGUAAAAUAAUUUUUAAAAAAAGAAAAUUACAGCUCAUUCUCACUCUCUCUCUUCUUUUUUUUUAGAUACUUUGGUACUGAUUAAAGCAGGAAGCUUUAUAGCUUGUUUUAUGUAUAGAAAUAAAAGAAGAAAGAAAAAAAUAUAUAUUUAUGUAAAUUGAUGACAUACAUUUCCUAAGAAUUAGAUCUCCGUUGAAACACACACUCACUCACACACAGUAUGCGCAGAUAACUUGAAACAAAGUGCGCCUUACGAGUUACUCAAUCUCCCUUUUUUUUGUCUUUUUUUCUCUCUUUUUUUUUU